UUAAAUACAAAGUACAUGAUAUCCACAAGACACAUGUGAUGCAAAAGUUCGCAAAAUUGUGGCGCAAUUACAAGUCUGAACUAUCAAGAAAAGUAAGAACUCUUGCUGCAACAGGUAAAGGUCAUUUAGCACGUAAUAUUGCCCUCACCAAACCUAAUAAGAUUGGAAUGGAUGAAUGGAAGGCAUUUGUGAAAAAUUGACUUUCAAAAAGCUUCAUUGAAAAGAGUGAAAAAUUCAAAGAGAUGAGAGCAAAGCAGAAGGUGUUACACACGAUGAGUAGAAAAGGCUAUGUACGACUAGAGGAAGACAUGAAAAAUCAAAGCCAAGACCCAGAUUCCAUAUCUAGAGUGGAUGUUUGGAUCAAAGGACAUACAAGGCAGAAGGGGAAACCUAUCAAUGAAGUGCUUCAGGAAGCAGUGAAUAAGGUUCAAGAGCUUCACAAGCCUUCUACAGAAGAAGGGUCAAUGUCUAUUAAAGAUGAUGCAAUUGUUCAAGCAUUUGGUCCAGAACGGCGUGGUAGUGUAAGAGCGCUUGGAUUUGGAGCAUUGCCAUCGAAAGUUGAUGCAGCAUACCAAAAUCAAAAUAUGAAACAACUAAAUGAAAAAUUGCUGCUAUUAGAACAAGAACUCCGGGAGAUGAAAGCUGAAAUGUUAAAAAGAAAAAGGCAAAAUGAGGAGCCAAGCAAAGGGGCAAAUGGACACUCACAUGGAGAAACUCAGGUAAACUUGCACAUUUGUCAUGCUUGUGCUUUUGCUUGCUUGCUUUUCUACUCAAGCUUGUCAUUUUGCAUAUGGAUUACAUUAAGAUUCUAAAUUUAAGUAAACAAAUGCUUCUUUCCAUUGUAUUAUGAUUUUUUUAGGGUGAGGAAAAUGGUAGAGGUGAACAUAGGGUGCAUGGAGGUGAUGAAUGUAGGAUGCACUCACAACAAAAUAUUUGGGGUGACGAAAACAAUGAAGACGAUGAAGAUAUUUGGUUGCAUGACGCAAAUGAAACUGGAAAUGGUGGAUCCUUGGACAAUGCCAAAUGCAAAUUGUUGAAUUGGGAUAGAACAAAGGUGGUGGUUGCGGAAGGCACAAUUGCAUCAACAGAUUCUAAAGCAUUGGUACAUCACGUGCCUCUUGGCCCUGGGUGUUGGAAAGUAUGGGUUAACCAUGUCAUAGUCAAUGUGCCAUUGUUUCGCCCUAAUCGUGAGAUGUUUGUGCUUGAAGAUGCUAUUGGAAGCACUGUUGCUUGGCCAACCCAUUUCAUUAGCUUUGAUUUUGAGUAGAACUAACAUCUAUGGAUAGUUUUUGAGGACUUUGAUGAAUAGAUUUUUAUAAUUUUUGAAUAGUUUUGGGUAAUGUUUACAAACUUAUAUAUGUACAGUUUUGGAUGGUUUAUAACUUUUUGGAUAAUUUAGAACUUAAGAAUAGUCUUUUUGGAUGUUUUUGAACUUGCAGUUAGGUUUUGGAUGUUUGGAAUGAAUAUAUUGAUAA